AUGGUUGUUACAAAGGGCCUCCCGGACCCUCCUGGCCGAGAUGCCGUGCAGGCCAAGGACCGGGCCCAGGCGCCGAGCGACGGCGGAGAACCGCCGGCCGAGACGCAGCACGCCGGCUGGCUUGGGCUCGCACUCAAGGUUCUCAAAUUCAUCGCUGAGCAAUGGCUUAUCAUAGGGUUUGGCCUUGCUUGUUUGUUUGGGUAUUUGUGGCCCGAGGUCGCAUCAAAGGGAGGAGUAAUCAGGUCGGAGUACAGUAUUCUCUAUGGCUCGGUGGCCAUCAUCUUCUUCGUCAGUGGGCUACAGCUGGCGCCAGAGAAACUGCGCAAGAACCUGUUCAACUGGAGGCUGCAUAUCAUCACCCAGGGCAUCAGCUUCAUAUUGAUACCGCUUAUUUGGCUAGCCAUCAUGUGGAUCAUCAUCGCCGCCCACGGCACAGAUUCCAUCGAGCCGGCCAUCCUCGUGGGGAUGCUCGUGCUCAGCUGCCUCCCGACGACCAUCGCCUCCAACGUCGUCAUGACCCGUAACGCGGGCGGGGACGACGCGGCCGCCAUCAUAGAGGUCGUCAUCGGCAACGUGUUUGGGUCCUUCCUCUGCCCGGGCCUCAUCUACAUCUUCAUCCCGGGCGUGGGCGAGUUCAGGGACUGGGCGCCCUCGGACGCGUCGGGCAUACCCGAGAUGUACCGCCACGUCGCCAUGCAGCUGGGCCUCAGCGUCCUGGUACCGAUAGGGCUGGGCCAGACGCUCAGGGUGCUCUUCCACAAGAAGGUGAUGUGGGCGCUGGACACUUUCUGCCUGGCCAAGGUGUCGACCUUCUUCCUGUGUACGCUUGUGUGGUCCACAUUCUCCAACGCUUUUCAGACCGGAGCCAUCCAAGGCCUCCCGACCCAGUCGAUCCUCUUCAACGUCUUCAUGAACGUGGGGCUCUACGCCCUCUUCACGGGCGUCUGCUUCGCCGCGGCGCGGCCCCCGCACAGGCUGGUUGUCGCCUUCGAGACGCGCGCGGCGCAGCGGUACCUGCCCCGGUGGGCGGCGCGGGCCAUGGCGCCCAGGCAGAUGUCCAAGGAGCAGACGGUGGCCGUGUGCUUCUGCGGCGCGGCGAAGACCACUAGCGUCGGGAUCCCGCUCGUCGCGGCCAUGUGGCACUCCAAGGACACGGAGACGCAGGCGCUGCUCGACAUCCCCGUGCUGCUGUACACCAUGGAGCAGGUCUUCCUCGCGCAGGUCCUGGUCUAUGUCUUCAGGUGGUACCUCCGCCGCGGGGAGGCGCACAGGGAGAGCAUGGUGGAUAUGGAGGCGCUGCGGGCGCCGCGGCGGGGAGGGCGUGGCGGUGGUGGUGGGGUUGAGGAUGUUGAUGGGGCGGGUGAUGCGAGGGCUCCUGGUGGUACUGGCGGGACAACCAGGUUUACUGGUGAUGGUGAGGCGAGGAGGGCAAGGGGCUUUGAUGAAGUCUCGCUGGAAUGACGGGGCUCGCUGUCGCCAAGACUCACUCUGAAGUUACAGAUACAGCCUCACCGGAACUCACCCUUACGGAGACGCUCUCGCCGAGACACGAAGACUCGCCUUCACAACGACCCGGCUUUGCAUGUAUUGGUUUCACCUAUUCUAUGUGCUAGGUUAUAUUCGGUUCGGGGAGAUAGGGCCAUUAUUAGCAACUAAACUACACUUGCUCAUAGAUCCGACAGGACACUCGGAAACUCAAUAGAACAA